GUUUUAUUAAUAUGUAAUUGAAGUUUAAAUAACGGAUGUGAAACUAAAUCGAGAUAUAUCGACAUAUUUAACAUGCCAACUUCGAGAGAAUUGAUCAAUCUUUCUUCCGUAAUCAUAAUCAGAAGAAAGAAAUAACAAUGGCGGACACUGCUCCAGCCGCGCGUGGAGGUUUUCGUGGAGGAUUUGGUUCUCGUGGAGGAGGUGACCGUGGAGGUCCAAGAGGUAGAGGUCGUGGAGGUCGAGGUCGAGGUCGUGGUCGUGGACGUGGCAAAGAAGACAGUAAAGAAUGGAUUCCAGUGACUAAACUUGGACGUCUUGUUAGAGAUGGAAAAAUUGAAUCCUUGGAACAUAUUUAUCUUUUUUCUUUACCAAUCAAAGAAUAUGAAAUUAUUGAUAAAUUUCUUGGUGUUGAAUUGAAAGAUGAAGUAUUAAAAAUCAUGCCUGUACAAAAACAGACUAGAGCUGGUCAACGUACACGUUUCAAAGCUUUUGUAGCUAUUGGUGACUACAAAGGUCACAUUGGUUUAGGCGUAAAAUGUUCUAAGGAAGUAGCCACUGCUAUCCGUGGUGCUAUCAUUUUGGCUAAACUUUCAGUUGUGCCAGUACGCCGUGGUUAUUGGGGAAAUAAAAUUGGUGAUCCUCAUACAGUGCCUUGUAAAGUUACUGGCAAGUGUGGAUCAGUUCAGGUGCGUCUAAUUCCAGCACCAAGAGGUACAGGUAUUGUUUCAGCUCCUGUGCCUAAAAAAUUAUUACAAAUGGCUGGUAUUGAGGAUUGCUAUACUUCGGCUAGAGGAUCCACAUGUACUCUUGGCAAUUUUGCUAAAGCUACUUAUGCAGCUAUUGCCAAAACUUAUGCAUAUUUAACACCAGAUCUCUGGCAUGAUCAAGCAUUAAGAAAAGCGCCAUAUCAAGAAUUUGCAGAUUAUUUAUCUAAGAAUCACAGAGUUGUGGGUGGACAGAGACCUGCUGAGGUUGUUUAAACAAUAAACCUCCAUGCAAAGUA